GUGUUCAGUUCUGAAGGUGCAUGGGCUUGCGUAAGUGAAGCACUGCAAAUUCUUGGAGGCCUUGGCUAUAUGAAAGAUUACCCCUACGAACGCUAUCUCAGAGAUAGUAGGAUACUUCUGAUUUUUGAGGGAACAAAUGAAAUUCUGCGAAUGUAUAUUGCUUUGACGGGUAUGCAGUAUGCAGGCAAAAUCUUGACUGACAAAAUUAAAGAAAUCAAGAAAGGAAAUGUGGGAGUGGCACUGGGGGAGUUUCUAAGGAAAUUACGGGACAUGAUGGGCAGAAAAGUGGAUUAUGGGCUAGUUGGUGAUCGUGGAGUGGUGCAUCCCAGCCUCCAGGGAAGUGGCCAGAAGCUUGAAGAAAACAUUUAUUAUUUUGGAACUACAGUGACAGGCCUCCUAAGUAGGUUUGGCAAGACAAUAGUGGAUGAGCAGUUGGUUCUGAAGAGAGUGGCAGAUAUAGUUAUUAAUUUAUAUGCAAUGACAGCAGUGAUUUCCAGAGCUAGCCGGUCUAUCAGCAUUGGGCUAAGAAACCACGAUCAUGAAGUGCUUCUUACAAAUAUCUUCUGCACAGAAGCAUAUUUCAAGAAUAAUUAUGCCAUGGCUCAAUUACAAAAAUAUGCAGAUGAAAAUCUAGAUGACUGUAUUAAAAAAGCUGCAAAGCAGGUCCUGGAAAAGAGAGCCUAUACCUGUUCUCAUCCACUGGACAGGACAUUCUAA